CGAGUCCAGAGAUCUCAUGCCCACGAGAACCCUACACUACCCCCGUGAAUUUGUAACAUCUCCCCCUGUUAACGGUUGUCAAACCUCUACUGCUCUACAGUCUACACCGCAAUCCAACUGUUAACGGUUGACCAAGGACUGUGAUUCGAAUUUAUUAGUACCUACUAGCGACUAGAGUGGUUGAAUUCGCUCAAUUCGUCUUCGUCGCAACCGAGGAAAUCAACACAAAAAAAACGCCAUGAGAACUCUGUCGAAUCCAAACCCUAAUGUCUCCUUCAUUCCUACAAUUCACACCUAUGGACCCCGACAUGUAACGAAUUUACCAAACCAAAUCUCUUUUCCAUCUCUUGUAAACGACCGCAACUGUUUGAUUCAACACAAGAAGAAAUUGAUUGUAAAAGCCGCAUUGGAUUCUGCAAUCAUCGAUCAGUUGGGACUUCCAGAAUCCGAUCUUCGAAAUCCUGCCAUAUCUACUUCGUAUCGCAGUUCCAAGAUCCCGAAGCCGAAUCAGACUCUAUUGGAAGCUCAAUCUAGGAUAUGUACGGGUCCGACACAGACAAGGCCUCUUGGAGAAGAACAGGCGAACAAGGUCUUGGAGACAAUCCUCAGAUCAGCAAGGGGAGAACUCAAAGAUGAAGAGGAAGUUUCUAAAGCACAGCUGGGGGCCUUUUUUGCUGCUAUGACAAUCCGAGCAAAUGCCUUUCCUGAGGCUACCCAAUGGAGUGAAGGGGAAAGACGUGCAAUGGACAAAUUUUGGCCACUUUUAGUUCGGGCCCUUCCAUCGGAUAUAAUUUUCCUAGCAGAUCCUGAAGGAUCAAUAAUGGGUAGUUCAAUUGGACCCCAAUAUAUUGGUAGUGGAACUACUGAAAUGAGAAUGGUUGGUGCACUGAGGGAGGUUUUGGCAGGAGGUCAUCUUGGAUAUGAGGAGGUCCAAGGUGUUCUUAGAGAUGUUAUCCCAUUGGGCUUGGAUAAACAGGAAUCGGGAAGAGUGAAUGAUGCAUUGCUUUCAGCAUUUCUGAUAGGUCAACGCAUGAACAUAGAAACAGAUCGUGAGCUUAAAGCAUACUGCCUUGCCUUUGAUGAUGAGCUUGGUUCUCCUCCAGUGGCUGAUGUUAGAUCUUUAACUCACUAUGGUGAGACUUACGAUGGAAACACUCGAUACUUCAGGAGCACAUUGUUUGUUGCUGCAGUGAGAGCCUGUUAUGCAGAAUCUUCUCUGCUCCAUGGUGUUGACUGGAUGCCACCAAAGGGGGGCAUAACUGAAGAACAAAUGCUUAAGUUCAUGGGAGCAAAUACCCACUUAUCUCCAAUGCAGGCAAAAGAACUUCUUGAGGAUAAAGAUCUUGGUUUUGCAUACAUAAGUCUACGUGAAGCUCACCCAUCCUUAUAUUCAUUAAUAGGCUUGAGGGAGCACAUAAAAAAACGCCCACCAUUAGCAACAACUGAAAAGGUUCAGCAAUUUGUUAGGGCCCGUGGGAAAGAAGCUAUUGUUACUGGAUUUUAUCAUGAAGGUUAUGAGGAUUUUCUUUUAAUGCUUAUGAGAAGAAGAGGUGUUCAUUCUGGUUUGGUGGUGAAGGGUGAGGAAGGUGCAUUAUCAAUGACAACAAGACUACGAUCAGUACAUUUGUCAAAAGGUCUUCCUGUAAACUACUGCUCCGGGUUCCGUUCACUUAGCAAGGAAUCUAUAUCUGAUGUUGAUGGCAUUUCACGUGAGACUUUCAAAAUUGAGGUUAAUGCUAAGGACUAUGGUUUUGAACCCACAGAUACUCCAAGAACUGACAGAUCAAUUAUGAGGAAUAUUGAGUUGGGUUUAGCUGCACUUCGUGGCAAAAAAGGUCCAGCUUAUGACCGGAUUGUCUUGAAUGCUGGAAUGGUGGACCACUUGUUGGGAUGUGAUGGUGCGGAUGACAUAAACUCAGCGUUGGACAGAGCUAGAGAGGCCAUAGACAGCGGCAAGGCCCUAAAUAGGCUCUUGAACUAUAUAAAGAUCUCUCAUAAAGUGAAGUAAACAAGAUCCUAGCGCUGCUCUUCCUUCUUUGUUUAUGACAUAGGGUUGUAUUCAUGAGAUGAUUACUAACUCAAAAAAAAAGGGAGGAAAACAGGAACAAAGAGAAACGGAAAUAAAACUUGUGAACUAGUUAGAUAUUUGCAAAUUCUCCAUUUUUUUUUCUUUUGUUUUUUCCCUCCCAGGACGCAUUUCUACAUUAUGUAACUUAAUGACAUUUAUCUUGUUGGAUUGAAACUCCCUCACGUGUAUUAACUUUUCGAUUUAAAAGAAUUCCCUGAAAUGAGAGGUUGUGACCAUUGACUCAACAUGUUGAAUUAGGGAGAAAUCUAAUGCGUUUUAAGAGAA